AUGUACCUGGAAGUGAGGUAUCUGCGGCACCUACCUUGGCCAACAUCACUCGACAAUUUUCCGCUCGAGAACUCCAACAAUACCUUCCUGCAAGAUACCUGGCAUCCACCUUCAAUAAUGGCUCAUCAAGGAAAUGAUAAGCACGUGCACACUUCCUCUCACACCGCUGCCGGGGAGUUUCAGACAGAUGGUCGCUACCAAGAGGACCGCAGUCCGCAAUGGAAUGGAUCUAAUGAAUCGUGUCCAUCCAUCGCCCAGCGACGAGUUGCUCGAGAUUUCCUGAACGAAACUCCAGAUGGCCUCCUGGACAACGAGAACGGCGGAGAUGAUAUAGUUCUCAUUGAUGUCUCUGAAACCAUAUUGGGGCCUCCAUCUGUGGCCACUGGUUCCGAUCACACUGUUGUCGACAGAGUAGUUAGCACUUAUCAGCCUCCGGCGGUACCUGGCUCGGCCCUAACAACUGACAACAUGGUUAUCCAUGACCUGGUACAGCCGCUUGGCUUCAUGAGCACAUAUGAAUGGGUGCAUGGUCGACGGUGCCCCGGAGAUAUGGACGUCAAGGAUAUCUCUUCCAAAGAGAGUAUCAGGGCCCGCUGCCGCUCACGACUCAGCCAUUCAACGAUCGCCCUCGAGGACGAGUACGGCAUGGUGAACCACCCAUCCGAGGCGUUUGUUGCUUGUGCUGGUGACUGGGCUGACGUUGCUGCUCUGCCCGCGUCCUUUGACAAGACCUUGUUCCUCUAA